AGCUUUUACACCACAAUGACUAUCCAACAUUUCUCCAUUUUCUUUCUUAUCUUUACGCCACAUUUCUCCCAACCUGUGCUCUGUUUCUGCAGGGCCAGUAUUGUCCAGAAAAGGGUCAUCUAUUUCCAGGAUCAAGGCUCUCUCACCAUUCGACUUUGUGAGAAAGAGCGUGUUCUUGGAGAAGUCACCGACGUACCUGCCAUCGAAUGCUGCGCUUGUGGAACUGCCAAAUAUAGACUUACCUUUUUUGGCAACUGGUCAGAAAAAGUACAUCCCAAAGACUAUCCAAGACGCGCCAACCACUGGUCUGCCCUGAUUGGUGCAUCCCACUCCAGGAGUUAUGUGCUGUGGGAAUACGGCGGCUAUGCUAGCGAGGGAGUUCGGCAGGUGGCUGAGCUCGGCUCCCCCAUCAAGAUGGAAGAAGAGAUUCGACAGAAGGGUGAUGAAGUGCUGACUGUCAUUAAAACCAAGGCUCAGUGGCCGGCGUGGCAGCCACUCAACCUGCGAGCGGCUCCCUCGGCCGAAUUUUCUGUGGAUCGCAGCCGGCACCUCAUGUCCUUCCUCACUAUGCUCGGGCCCAGCCCGGAUUGGAACGUGGGGCUGUCUGGAGAGGAUCUCUGUACCAAAGACUGUGGGUGGGUCCAGAGACUUGUGGCAGACCUCAUACCAUGGGAUGCAGGCACAGACAGCGGUGUCACGUAUGAGUCACCAAACAAGCCCACCAUUCCUCAGGAGAAAAUUCGGCCUCUAACCAGUUUGGACCACUCUCAAAGCCCCUUCUACGACCCAGAAGGGGGCGCAAUCACUCCUGUUGCUCGGGUAGUUGUGGAACGCAUCGCAAGAAAGGGAGAACAGUGCAAUGUGGUGCCAGACACCAUUGAUGACAUAGUAGCGGAUAUUGGACAGGAGGAGAAGGUGGAAGAUGAUACACCAGAGACGUGUAUCUACUCCGCCUGGUCUCCCUGGUCAGCCUGCAGCAGCGCCACGUGUGACAAAGGUCGACGGAUGAGGCAAAGGAUGCUGAAGGCUCAGUUGGACCUCAGCGUACCUUGCCCACACACCCAGGAUUUCCAGCCCUGCAUGGCCCCAGGAUGCAGUAUGGAGGAGCCUUCAACGUGCAUGAUGUCGGAGUGGAUCAGCUGGUCUGCCUGCAGUGUUUCCUGUGGGAUGGGGAUGAGGUCCAGAGAGCGAUACGUCAAACAGUAUCCUGAGGACGGCUCGCUCUGUCAGCUUCAAACUGAGGAGACUGAGAAGUGUGUUGUCAACGACGAAUGCUCUCCCAGUAGCUGUGUGGUGACAGAGUGGGGGGAGUGGGACCCCUGCAGCGUCACCUGCGGCCUUGGCAUGAAAAGACGUGAGCGCAUGGUGAAGAUGCCUCCUAUAGACGGAUCAAUGUGCAAAACUGAGGUGGCUGAGGUGGAGAAGUGCAUGAUGCCCGAAUGCCACACUAUCCCCUGCAUGCUGUCGCCCUGGUCGGACUGGAGUGAGUGCAGCGUGACGUGCGGCCGGGGAGUUCGAAGCCGUCAGAGGAUGCUGAAGUCUGAUCCUGCUGAGUGCACAGAGGAGCUGGAACAAACAGAGAAGUGCAUGUUGCCUGAAUGCCCGAUGGACUGCAUGGUGUCAGAGUGGUCAGAGUGGUCGGAGUGCAACAAGUCCUGCGGCAAAGGGCACACCAUUCGCACCCGGAUGAUCAAACUGGAGCCGCAGUUUGGAGGCAGUUCUUGCCCUGAGACCAUCCAGAGGAAGAAAUGCAAGAUCAGGAAGUGCCGCACAAAAGGAGGAGGCAGGAGUAAGGCCAAAGGAUCAGGUGCAGCGAACUGCCAGCUGCAGCCGUGGACCAGCUGGACGGACUGCACUAAACCCUGCGGAGGAGGCUUACAGGAGCGCUUCAGGACGGCAAAGAGAAGGGCAAAGGGCAAUUGCAAGGACCGGAGGGAGAUCCGUGCCUGCAACAAUCAACCCUGUUAGGGGGCCACUACUGAGCAACAGAGAGCAAAGGCGCGUCGCCAACAUCGGAAAUUUCAAGUUGCGUUGAGAAACAAUUUUUUUGUGUCGUUGGAGGUGAGAAAAGGGGAGGAUAUUUGGCUAGUUUCAUACUUGAAAAAAUGAGGAAAGGGGAAACGGGAAGCAAGUGAGAAACUGAUCAGAUGAGAGGAGUAAACAAGGAUUUGAUGUUUAGUGAAGCCAUUGUAGAAAUUAGUGAACAGGAAUGGUUUCCAUUUUAGAACACAGAAAGAGUAUAAGACACUAAUGUCUGUGUCCUGCAAAACCUGCUCUAAAGGAACUAUGAAAAAAGCUCUGCUAACCUCAGCAUUACCAACUCCAACAACCACCCCACGAUCUGCAGUAUUAGUUUUGAACUACGCAGUCAUGGCAGAAAAAAAAUGAACCUUUUAAAACAAUUUUAACAAUAUGUAAGAAAUAUAGACUGACUAUUGCAAGACUUUAAAGUGAUUUAAAUUUAACCUUAGGUUUAAAAAACACAACACAUUCUCCAUUAAUUACUCAACAAAGAUGACACCCAAAUGAAGUAAGCUUUGUAUUAAAAAAACAAAGUGCUCCACAAUUCAUCAGCGUGUAGAAGCACCUUUAGCAGCAGUAACUCUCAGCAGUCAUUUGUCUGAUUUUUUUAGUCUUUCACUUCAUUGGGGAGGAAUUUUGCCUGACUUGUCUGAUCAAUUGUUUCCUGAACAUCUCUUUUAAAGUCCCGCCAUGACAUUUGAACCCGGUUAGGGUGCGGACAUUGACCGGGCCGUUGAGACAAAUCAGUUUGUUUCUUUUGCAGCCAUUCUGGUGUAGAUUGUCUGCUGCGUUUACAAUCACUGUCCUAUUAAUAACCCAGUGUGGGUCAAGCUUCAGUUAUCAGACAGGUCUCCUCACAUUUGAUUGUAGAACACUUUGGUUUAAAGACACAUUUCUGUUCGACUCAGUGCCUGAAAAGGCAUUGAUGUCCUGUGGCUGCAAAACAAGCCUGAAUCAUCAUUCUUCCACCACCGUGCUUAACAGUGGGCACGAUGUACUGUUUUUUUUCCCCUCUUUUUCAUUUUGCUGUGCCUUAUGGCCUAACAUCUCUGCCUUAGUCUUAAGCACAUUGUUCCAGAGGUCUUGAGGUUCAUUCGGUUAUCCAGGUUUGCAAACCUAUAUCAUGGUGUCAUAUAAUUUUUAGGUGGAGGAUUCUUUCUUCUUCAACCCUUCCCAAAAACAUACACUUACAUGUACUGUCUCUAGAUCUUCUGUGAUAAAGUUUCACCUUUAAAUGCCAAUUGAGGACUGUCGAGUUUGAAAUGGAGCCUUUUGUUUGUGUCACUUCUCAGAGUAUUGCACUCAACUAGUUUGGAAAUGGCCUGGUAACCAUUCCCAUAUUGAGAAACAGCAACAGCUGCUUAUGUAAGGUCACUGAUAUAUUUAUAAGCCAGGGCAGCAAACUGCCAAAAUUCCUACUUUUAUAGAAGUGAUCACACCAUGUGUUUCGGUUGUUAGAUCUUCAUAAUUUUAGAACCUGUUAAAGGCCUGAUCAGUUCUGUUUUGCUCUCAUUUGUAAAGUCCUAGAACUGAAAGAUGGGUGUCAUUAACUUUCACCAUGCCUAUAGUUCACCUUUGUAAUGUGGAUAUGACAAUUUGAGACUUUAAUGAUAGAUUAUCACCGCUCUUCUUGUGAAAAUAACAACAGGCUGCUAAAAUGUAUCACAUAUUAACACAGAGACCAUAUUCACAAAUUUCAGUAACACAAACAUACAAUUUUUAGUAAACAUUUUAAUUUAAAUAUAUAUGUUCAAGAUGACUUGCAUUACAUUAUUCUCUCAGUAUUUUUUUGUAGAGUGAAACAAAACCUGUUGCUUAUACCCCGAAUCAGUGAAAGAUACAUUGACCUGUAAAAAAUAAAGUGUAUGCUAAAUUAUUGGUCACACUUUAUGUGUGAAACAUGCAGCACCAAAUGGUGUAUUUUAUAGUGAACUAUUAUUUCUAGAUGCCAUCCCAAUGUAAGCUAUCAAAAAAAGAAAAAAGAAAGAAAAACGGAAGCAGCUAAUCCGCUUAUUUGUAAAGUAUUUUUCCUGAGAGGAAAAUAAAACAGCCUCUGGCAGAAAUUUCCCAUUUAAAAUGCUGUGGCCAUGAGAGAGUUGCAAACAUUUUUCAUCAAACUCGCAGCAGGUAAGCACCACUGAUAAAGUAGAUUCCCAAACAGCUCAUUUCAAAUGGGAAUUUCUUGGUUUCUAUCCAAGUACUGAACCUUAUAGGAGGAUUAUUGUUCUUCCUUAUGACUAUGAUUUUUUUAUUUAUUUUUUUUACAAUUUAAUACCAGCAGCGUAUACUUUUUUUUCUCAAAACCACAAGGUUACAGUAAAGUAAUGCUAUUUUUGACUCAAAUGAAGCUAAUUAGGGCUUUUUGCAGGACAUGGACAAGUGUACAAGAAGUCUUUUGGGGCUCUGAAAUGUACUGUAAAUCUAACAACACUUAUAGAAGACACUGCUAUGUAAUUACUAAAACUCCUUCCCCUAAUAAACAGAUACAUUAAGUGGAGAUGUUUUAUACUGUUCAGAUUACUUCUUUGUAUACUGUACUGCGGUUUAUCUGUUGUUUCAGCCGAUGUAGCAUUAAAGCUGCGAUAGCAUCAACAGACAUUGUUUUUAGCAUGUGCUGUUUUCUUUUUUUUGUUUGUGGCAUGAUGCUUCAUCAGGUGUAGUUAUUGCCACAGGACAGUUAGCUUAUUGGCUGCAUCUGCUUCAGCUAGUUCUAAAAAUCACAGACGGAUGGAUCCUUAGAGGCGUCACAUCGAGCUGAUCUGCUGCUUUGAUCUGGAAGUUGUUACGGUCUUCAAACAACUGGGACAGCUCACCGUGCAGCCAGUCAUUAUCUGAGCUUCUGCUAAAAGAUUUUGUCAUAUAUAUAUAGUGUUUAUGUCACUUUCUUUAUUUGUUGUUGUUUUUCUUUUUUUUUUUUGGACACUUCAGCUGGUUAGUUUCCUUCAUCACCAAAGUUAGAUUGCUGCAGCUACUGUCUGGAAACUCUCCUUAUGUUGUUGUUUUUGGUCGUUUCUCUUUAUUUCUGUAUCACAUAACUAUUUUGUAAGAAACCGCCUUUACAAUAAAAGUGUAAAUGUAAA